UCUCCCUAAGAGAGGAAGAGGAAGUUCGCAGUAUUUCUUCGACUCUCACUUAAAAUAUAGAAACCUUUCCUCAAGCGCAGGGAAUUUGAACUUUCGUUUCGUUCGUUUUGUCAGUCGUCCCCUAGUCGCAUGAAUUCACGUCUUAAGCAAACUUGGACGACGCUACAAACACAACCACACCAGCAGACAGUCACACACCCCAUCAGGCCAGUAAGAAUCACUCAAGAUGGAGGAUAGGACUCUGCUGCAGAACAUGCGCCAAACUCCCACUCUCAGCACACCCGCACUUGUUGUAUCCAAACUCUUCAUGACAAUCAUGCCAAUCGCCCAGAUUGCAAUAGGUGGGAUUUACCUGAACAACUGCCCCCAGGGGCCUUACAUCCCCAUCUACCUGCUGGUCUCAGGGGCCUUCGCGUCGGCCCUGGCUGUGCUGUCCUGUCUGCCCUGCACCAAGGAGCCUGAAGAGGGGAGCCAGAGCCCACUCAGCAGCUUCUGUGCUGCCUGGAACUCCCUUGUCUCUCUCUUCCUGUUCUGCUGGUUUAUCGCAGGCAACGUGUGGAUCUACUCCAUCCACCCUGCCAACUAUGACGCAACAAAGCCUCCUUACUGUGACAAGACGCUCUACAUGUUUGCUUUCUGGACCACCACGCUGGUGUACAUCUUUAUGGGGGCGCUGUUCGUAGGGGGCUGUUGCGUGCUUGUCGUCAUGUGUCUGUGCGGGAGGGCAGGACCCUCCACUGACGACGUCUGACCCUCUGCUCUGGCACGCGUGUUAAGAGUUCAGAUGCCGCUCCAAAUCCUAAAGUGACAGAGGACUGAGAGAUGGAAUCAUUUUGGAGGAAAAAAAUAAUAUAUAUGUUACUGCUGGAUUAUUAUGUUCUGUAUAACCAAAAUAUGAAUCGUUUUUUUCAUUCCUAAUAUGUGUUCCCUGACUGCUGUGUGUAUAGAAACGCUGCCUAAAUGCAGGAUGUGGUGGGAGUAUGUACUGAUAUGGAAGCUGAUAUACAGAACAGUAGUGUGCUUUAAUCACUGUUAAACAUCAAUUUACUGUACAUAACUUCAAUCAUGGAAUGCCAUUUUACAAAUGUAACAGCUGUUUCAGAAUAGCAAGUCUGUGUAUUGCUUAAUAGUAUAUAAUUUGAGCUGAUGUAAAACAAAAUAACUAAGUAGAUGACUUGCCUAUCUGUCUGAGGAUGUGCUGAGUGUUAUCUUGCGGUGAAACAAGAUUGUGAAAACAGCAGCCAAGUAAAUUACACUGUGUGAGA